AUGCCAAGCACAAAACUUGCCACAACAGAAGAAGAUAUGGAGAGUUCUUCUAAGCUCCCCCUUCAUCUCUGCCAUGUCCACAAGCUUUCAAUCUUCAUCAACCGGACACAUAUAUUCUUCCACUCUAUAGCUUUAGUCUUCUUGCUUUACUACAGAGCUUCUUUCUUCUUCUUCCAAGACACUACCAAAACCAAAGCAACCACCUUAGCAUGGCUUCUUGUGUUUGUCUCGGAAAUCUUCCUAUCCUUCGAGUGGCUCCUCAGCCAGUCUUUUCGAUGGCGUCCCGUUUCGCGAACCGCGUUCCCGGAGAGGCUGCCUGGUGAUGAUAAGCUCCCAGCUGUUGAUGUGUUCAUAUGCACUGCGGAUCCGGAGAAGGAACCGACUGUGGGGGUGAUGAACACUGUGUUAUCUGCCAUGGCAAUGGACUAUCCGCCAGAGAAACUUCAUGUGUAUCUGUCCGAUGAUGGUGGUGCUGCUGUGACUUUGAAGGGUAUGAGAGAGGCUUGGAGGUUUGCAAAGUGGUGGCUUCCAUUUUGUAGGAGGUAUGGGAUCAAGUGCAGGGCUCCGGAGGCUUAUUUCUCUGCAGAAGAGGAGGACGCUGAUUUUGGCGGCAGCGAGUUCAUUCAAGAGAGAGAAGAUAUUAAGGAGAAAUAUGAGGUAUUCAAGAAAAGAGUAAGAGAAAAUGCAACGGUUGGGGACACAAGGAGCAGACUGGGUCGAGAUCACCCUGCAGUGAUUGAGGUUAUACAAGAAACAUCCAGUGAUGAUGCAAUUCAAGAAAAUGAAACCAAAAGUAUGCCUCUCAUUGUUUAUGUUUCUCGUGAGAAAAAACAUUCUCAUCCUCACCAUUUUAAGGCUGGAGCGCUCAAUGUUCUUCUACGGGUCUCUGGUGUGAUAAGCAAUUCUCCUUACAUAUUAGGGCUAGAUUGUGACAUGCAUUGCCAUGAUCCAAGUUCGGCUCGGCAAGCAAUGUGUUUCCAUCUUGACCCAGAGAUAUCACCCUCCCUAGCACUUGUUCAAUUCCCUCAAAAAUUUCACAACAUCAGUAAUAAUGAUAUCUAUGACAGUCAGCUGAGGUCGACAUUUUGGCUGCUAUGGCAAGGUUUUGAUGGGGUUGGAGGGCCAUGUGUGUCUGGUUCUGGCUAUUACAUCAAGAGGUUGUCCUUACGUUCAAACUCCAUACAUGAAGAUGGGGAUCCCAUGAAACUUAGACAAUCUUUUGGUCCAUCCAAUGAGUUCAUCAAAUCCCUCCACCAAAACAAAAAGCCUGAUAUGCUCAUCCACAGAAAGAAAGCAUUGCUAAAUGAAGCCCAACUUCUAGCCUCUUGUGCCUUCGAAAAUGGCACCGAAUGGGGGAAAGAGGUUGGUUUCAUGUAUGGGUCUGUGCUGGAAGAUUACUUCACAGGGUUUCGUUUGCACUGCAGAGGUUGGAUUUCAGUGUAUUGUAAUCCACCAAGGCCACAGUUCUUGGGCAGUGGCACCACCAAUUUGGAUGACUUUUUAGUCCAAGGGACUAGAUGGACCUCUGGGUUGGUUGAUGUUGCUAUCUCCAAGUUUUGUCCUCUUAUAUAUGGCCCUUUGAAAACAUACACUUUCGUUCAAAGCAUGUGUUAUGCCGAACUUGCUCUUUUCCCCAUUUUCUAUUUCUUGCCAUUGUGGUGCUUUGCUACCAUACCUCAGCUCUGCCUACUCAAUGGUAUUCCUUUGUACCCAGAGGUCUCAAAUUCAUACUUCAUCGUAUUUUCGUUCGUAUUCCUAUCCUCGAUUUUGAAACAUUUAUACGAGGUUCUCUCAACGGGAUUUACAUUUCGACAUUGGACAAAUGAGCAAAGGAUAUGGAUGAUGAAGUCAGUUACAUCUCACUUAUAUGGCAGUUGGGAUGCCUUCAUGAAGAAAAUUGGCAUGAGAGAAGCCAGUUUCUUCCCAACCAACAAAGUUGAUGAUGUUGAGCAACUCAAGCGUUACAAUAUGGGGGUGUUUGAUUUCCAAACAUCAAUAUUAUUUCUUGCUCCAAUGGCUGCUCUGGUGAUCUUGAACAUGGCUUCCUUUGCUGUUGGGAUUUCUAGAGUCAUAUUUUUGGGAGAGUUGGACAAAUUUUUCAUACAAGUGUUCAUACCCUUUUAUGUCAUUUUGAUGAACUACCCUAUCAUUGAAGGGAUGCUGAUAAGGAAAGACAGGGGUCGCAUUCCACCAUCAGUCACAUUACUCUCUGCCAUAAAAUUCCCAGCAGACAGGCCAGGAAUGUCAUCUGCAGUUUUCAUGUUGGCGAACUACGGAGAUCUUGUUGUAAUGCCAAUAGGAAAAGAGGACUAA